CUCGUUUCCAUUAUUCUAAUACGAGGCAAUUAGGCCUAUCCUUUGAUAAAAAUAUAAAAUUGUCAGCGGAACCAGAAAGUAGCCGAAAUUUACUGAAUUUUAGCUUCACAACAUACACAAAAUGUUUGGAUUUGGAAAUGUGUUUGACAAUAUGCCCCGGAGUUUCAAUACUCAAUACAGAUGCUUUUCCGUGUCAAUUUUACGAGAAAGAGAUGAUGUUGAAAGAGGAGGGAAAAUUAUAAUGCCACCAUCUGCCCUGGAUUUACUUACAAGGCUAAAUAUUGUUUAUCCCAUGCUGUUCAAAUUAUCAAACUCGAGAAAAGAGCGAGCCACACACUGUGGUGUUUUAGAGUUUGUUGCAGAUGAAGGCAAAGUAUACAUUCCAUACUGGAUGAUGAGGAAUCUGUUGCUGGAGGAAGGUGAUUUAGUGCAGGUCCAAAGUGCAUCUCUUCCUGUUGCUACAUAUUCUAAGUUUCAGCCACAAUCUGUAGAAUUUCUUGAUAUCACAAACCCAAAGGCAGUUCUGGAGAAUGCACUGAGGUCUUUUGCCUGCUUGACAACUGGUGACAUGAUUGCUUUUACAUAUAAUGAUCGGGUAUACGAAAUUCUUGUUAUGGAAACGAAACCAGCUCAAGCGAUUUCAAUCAUAGAGUGUGACAUGCAGGUCGAGUUUGCAGCUCCCGUGGGAUAUGUUGAGCCAAGCCGAUCAGAUAACGGUAGAAAGGAUUCUCAAGAGAACGCAAUGCCAAGUAUACCAGCUGAGCUAAUAAAAACACCCAAAGUUAAAUUUCCUGGAGCUGGCUUACGUCCUGACGGAAAAGGCAUCAAGAAAUGUCAACAACAGACAGAUGAAGCUACACCAACUGAAAUAAAAAAGGGUGUUCCUGACUUGAAGUGGAACAAAAAGAAGAUCAUUUUUGUUAGAAACCGUUUGCAUGCAGAAAAUGAUAAACAGAAUGAAGCACAAAGUCAAGAGACAAAGCCGUUCAGUGGGGAUGGAAAAACGCUGAGGCAGAAGAAAUUCUGAAGCAUAUUCGUGUAGGCUAUCUAACUUAUUUCAAUUUAGAAUUAUAAGCUGUAAAUCUUGUUUAUAUAAGCAUUCACAUAUAUUAUA